UCUAUGACAUAAGUAAGUCCAACACUAGGUGCUCUAAGAAUUUGACUAGGGCAGUCAUGUUCUUCCCGAAGCUGAAAACAGGAGCGGUGCCUUUAGUGGAUCAUAUAAUGUGGAAUGCCCCACCACCAGCUAAAUCUCAAGAAAAUAAACAAGCAUACACAUGUCUGCUGCAAGUGUCUGGCUCGGUCCGUCGGCUUUAUUGUCGCUCCGGGUUGUAGACGUGUGGUGGUCAGCCAGAUUAGUGCUGGGCUCAGGCCUUCCCAGGAAGGGGUGUGUAUUUUUCAAGUGCAGCCUCUGGAGUGUGUCAGGGUGGCUGGACUUGUGACUUCCACACUAACAGAUCAGAGAAAGGAGUCGAGAGGUCAACUUUACCAGAAGACAUGUCAGGCUCUGUUGCAGUGCUGCUGCUACUGUGUUACGUUGCUUCUAUGGAUGAGAUCAGAGCAUCACCCAGACCAGAAAACUCCCCUCAAGGCACGACUCUGCAGACCGGUCACACUGAGCUCACACCAGGACUGGAUCCAUUGAGCAGCAGUUCCCCUUUGAAGUCACAUCCUGCUCCACACGUACAUGAUGGAAAAACCAAAGCUGCAUUGAAUCCCCGCUCUGGCAUGGAUACAGCGACUAUAGGCUCAGCCCAAAGAGAGAUGAACGACCCAAAGAGUUAUCACGACAGGGAUCCAGAAACACAGGCUCCUUCUCUGACUGGAAAUGAACAACUUUCUGUUUCACACAAUGACACUGUAAGGAGCUCAGAGGAUAGCAUCUUAAGCAGGACUCCUCCCGUUGGAAUAGUUCAGACUAAUCACUCUUCCAGUACAACCCAGGAGGACUCCACAAGAGCCAUGGACAGCACUGAGUCAGUCAUUUCACGCCCUGCCAUUCAACCUGUGCUCCCCACAACUCCUGGUGUCGCAUCAGGACCACCCACAAAAACAAGCACAGCAAAUUUUUUCACGAAUGAGACACAGUUUGAAACUCCAUCUUUUUUUACCUCAGCCUCCACCAUUGAAUCCCCACCUGUUGUUUCUGGUAUCAAUCCUUUAUCUCAAGAAGGAGGAGAGAGCAAAGUGAGACCGAAGUCUUCAUCGUCAGUGCUCACACCUCCAGUGUCGGUAGUAAGUAGUCCCUCCUCUAACGUAUUUAGUGCAACAGAAGAAGAUGUAUCACUAGAGGGAGCCGCCACAGAAGAUUUCCCUGCACCUCCAGGGAGAGAUCCAUCUCCAAAAGCAACUGCUUUAAUUCCCACUCAACAAAGCGGAGAAUCACAGACUCCUGGGGAUGUGGAAAUGGAGAUGCCUAAUGUUUCCGUCACUGAGAUGAAAGAAAAAGAAGAAAUGGAAGUCGAGGUGGAAGCUGUGUCAACCCAAGCAAAAAUAAUAUCAGACGUAGAAGAGGGGAGUGGGACAGAGACAGAUGAAGAGGCAGUAGAUUUGCAGGAAGAGGAGGAAAGGCACAGACAUGCAGAGAUGGAAAAAGAAAGUUAUGAUAAUGGCACUGACAGGUUUAAAUAUCAGUCUUCACCUGAUUUAAUUUUCCAGUUCAGCACUGAAUACUUGAUCAUCCAUUCCGAGACUGAAGCUCCAGAGAAGACCGUUAAAGUAGACGAACAGCCUCCUACGUACACAGUCAGACACCAUGAGGCAGGACUGAGACCUGGAAUCAGAGGUCAAAGGGGUCUGCAGGGUGUGCCAGGGCUACCAGGACCACCAGGACCUAAAGGAGAUAAAGGCUAUCAAGGCGUUAUGGGCAGGACCGGACAGACUGGAUACAGAGGCCCCAUUGGUCCUCCUGGGAUGCCGGCUAUUGUUGUAUUCAAAACCUCUGAAGAAGAGUGGGAGGCUUUCAAGAAAAAGAAAAUAUACAAAAAGCUGGUAUCUUCUUGGCCGAAACUAAAGGGACCUCCAGGGCCUCCCGGACUUCCUGGAGAUGAUGGUCCAAUUGGGCCACCUGGAAUUACUGGAAAACAAGGACCAAAGGGAGUUCGAGGGAAAAUUGGUAGUCCUGGACCACAAGGUAUCCCAGGUCCCCAAGGAAGACCUGGAAGCGAUGGGAUCCCAGGACAGGAUGCUGAUCCAGGGCCUCCAGGCUUACGUGGAGAACAGGGUCCAAAAGGCUACAGAGGAGAGAAGGGCAGCAAAGGGGAGCUGGGUGAGUGGGGGUAUCAAGGAGAGGCUGGGCCACAGGGAAACAGAGGACAAAAGGGAGACAAGGGCAACAAAGGAGUCAGAGGUUUUGUCGGGCUCCCAGGCUACAUAGGAGUGCCCGGAGCCAGGGGCCCUACUGGUUUCCCAGGACCAACAGGCCCUAUGGGAGAGACUGGAUCUCUAGGAUUUAGUGGUCCACCAGGCCCUCCUGGAGAAUUGGGCCCCAAAGGAUUAAAAGGUGUCUUGGGAGUUAAAGGACCUCCAGGGCAUCAAGGUGAACUUGGCUCUAGAGGAGCAGUUGGACCACAGGGAGAACCCGGUCCAGAUGGAGUAGUUGGGUUUCCGGGUGUCCGUGGGCCACAGGGAAAGCCUGGACCAAGUGGACCUCCGGGUCCUAAAGGUGAUCCUGGUGAUACAGGUGAUGAAGGAGAAAUAGGCGAACCUGGACCACCUGGACUUAAUGGAGCCAAUGGGACUCCAGGAAAGCCUGGACCCUCAGGUGAUCCCGGAGCUAAAGCCAGGCGAGGUGAGAAGGGGGAUCCAGGGUUUAAGGGAGACUUGGGAUUUCCAGGUCCUCCAGGUAAACCAGGAGUUAAAGGACGUCAAGGCCCAAUGGGACCUGAGGGACUUGGAGGACCAACAGGGCCGCCAGGACCUCCUGGACCCAUUGGGAUUGAUGGCACCAUGGGGGAGCACGGGAAGCAAGGAAAAGACGGACCCAAGGGAGACCGAGGACCAACUGGUAUUCAAGGAAGCCCUGGACCUCGAGGUGACAAGGGUCGAGAAGGUCGAGCAGGGUUUUCUGGUGUGCCUGGUCCUAUUGGAGAGAUGGGAAAAUCUGGAGAGAGAGGACUUCAAGGAGAACCUGGUAUUAAGGGAACGACUGGAGUCCCUGGGCUGCGUGGACCUAAAGGCCUGAAGGGAUUUCAGGGUCAUUUUGGUAACAGAGGUCAGGAUGGCACUAUUGGAGCCCCGGGGCCACUUGGUAUAGAAGGACCUAAUGGGGAUGUUGGACCUCCAGGGCAAAAAGGACUAACUGGGAAAACUGGUUCUCCUGGCCUUCAAGGACCUGUGGGAAAGAGUGGAGAAGCUGGCCGUAGAGGCAUGAAGGGGACACCCGGAAAGCCAGGAGAGAGAGGGGUUAAAGGUAAAGAGGGCCCAAAAGGACUUACAGGAAGUGAAGGAUCAAAGGGUAAGAGAGGCGAGGAGGGUCCCAGGGGAAAACAAGGUCCCCCGGGUGAGCUGGGUGCUCCUGGACCACAGGGCUACAGAGGACCUCCUGGUAUUCAGGGUAACAUUGGGCCGUGGGGUGAGGUUGGACAUCGUGGUCUUCCAGGUGACCAAGGGCCAAAAGGCCCUGCUGGCCCUCAUGGAGUUACAGGUUACCCAGGUAAAGAUGGAACUCAAGGACCAGCUGGACAAGCUGGUGGUAAAGGAGAUAAGGGAUCCAGAGGAUCUGUGGGACAGGAGGGAGUAGCUGGUCUCGAUGGUGAGGAGGGUCCUGUUGGACUGAAGGGACUUGAAGGGCCAGCCGGCCAAAAGGGCGUAUCUGGUGAUAAAGGGAAAACUGGCCCUCCUGGCCAGAAAGGACCAAAAGGAGCUGAAGGAGAAAGAGGGAACCGAGGGCCGCAGGGACCAAAGGGGCACCCAGGGAAACAAGGGUACAGAGGUGCACCAGGAGACAGAGGAAAACCAGGGCUCACAGGGCUCAAGGGUGAACCAGGUACCAGGGGUUCAACAGGCCUUCCUGGAAAGUUCGGGCCUGGGGGAGAUACUGGUGCAGUAGGAGCCAAGGGCCAGAAGGGGCUCCUAGGAUACACUGGCCCUCCCGGUGGAAUUGGUCCCCCAGGUCCAAUUGGACCCUCGCCAUUUGGUUUGCCAGGCGAGAGAGGAGUUGAGGGCAAACCUGGGAUCCCUGGACCAAAGGGCAGCAGUGGUGAGAAGGGCACCGUCGGUCUUCGAGGCAUGAAAGGAGACAUGGGUAUACAAGGUCGGAAAGGUGCUAAAGGGGAUCCUGGGAAACGAGGCACUGUUGGUACAGUGGGGAAGGUGGGCUUCAUUGGCUUUCCAGGUGCUAAAGGGCAACCAGGACCCGCGGGUCCUCCUGGUCUUCCAGGAAUUAAAGGAAUUCAGGGUCCGAAGGGGAAAAGAGCCUAUCGUGGAAAGAAAGGUACCAGAGGAGCGGCUGGGAAAACUGGAGAUGAAGGAGCACCGGGGAAGCCAGGGCCUGCUGGACAACCUGGGAAACCUGCAAGUAUCAUUAUUGACCCUUAGUCACCUAAUCCAUUACUAUUGCAGAAAAUCAGUGUUAAAUUUAAAUUAAAACAGCAAGAAAGACAGAACGUUUAAUUUCCAUCAUGAGUCACACAAAGUUAAG